AUGUCCAAGAAUAGACUCGAUUCAAAAACGAAUUCAUUAGAAAAGGCAUUACCAAUAGACAAUGAAAAUACUGGAAGCUUCACAGAAAGUUUUGAUUUCGAAACAGAGGAAGAGGAAGAUUUUGACUUAAUAACAGAUAACCAGAUCCAAGAAAGCAACAGUGAUAACAUUAAUGCAGAAUUGAUGAUUGAACAUGAGAAAAGCGUUGUUCAUCAUUCAGAAAAUUUAUCAAAUUUCCUGAAAUCCAUUGCAGAUCAAUUAGGCAUUAACGAAAAUGACGAAGAAGAGUUGAAACGCUUAAUUACAGCUAAAAUACAAGAUCUAAUUCAAAUAAAAAGUCCGAUUUCUUCAAACCAAGUUAAUACAAGCUCAAUAUCAGCAGAAUCAAUUGGAUUUCUUGUUCAAAACAAAGAACAUCGUGAGAAACGCAUACAAGAACUCGAAGAUGAAGGAAAAGAAAAAGCAAAAUUACUUGAUAUUAUGGAAAAAGAACUUGAACGUACAAAACAAGAACUAUUAGAUCAAAAGAACAGAGCAGAUGCGCUAGAAGCCAUUAAUCUUAAGUUUGUUUCAUUGGUUCCCGAUGCAGAGACUUGGGAUUCAGCAUACAACGAUUUAAAGGAAAUGCAUGAGAAAAUCGAUUACUUAGAAAACAAUACCAAUGAUAAAAAUUUCGAAAAUAUAAUUGAAGAAAUGAAAAGAGAUCAAGAAGUCGCUUUAGACAAAAUGCAGAAGCAAAUGGAUAACCAGGCAAAGCUCAUCUUAGAAUACCAACGCAAAUUAAAUACAUAUUCCAGUCCAAACAUUGAUGAAGAUGCGAUAUACGAUAUCAGAGAUAAAGUUUCAAAUACUAAUGACAUGUUACGCUCUAGAAUACAACAAUUGAAUGAAAAAGACUCUGAAAAUGAUGAAAAACCGAUUUCGGAAAAGAAAUCACAAAGUAAAUCUAAAACACCAAAACCAAUUAGGAAAAGACCGCCUUAUUACGAUGAGUCAGUUGAUAAAGAGCUAUCUGAAUGUAUUUGGAUGGCUAGAACUCGCGAAAUGCUUGCUUUAGAGAGAAGAAUCAAUCGAACAGACCAAGAUAUAGAAAACGCUUCAAAUAGAAUGCACUACAUGACACAGGAGAAGAUAAUUAGCCAAAGAAAGAUAUUGGGAAACUCUAAUCGCCAAAAUCAAACAACUGCAAUUUAUCCUUCAACUUUAUUAUAG